CGACCGAGCGGGGGCCGGCCGGAGCGGGGCGCGCGCAGCAUGGCGGAAGCGGAAGGGGUUUCGCCUCUCCUGUCGCCUCGGUCACCCCCGCCUGGAAUGGCGGAAGUGGAGGAGCCGACGGCGGCCGAGACGGACAAGAAACAGUUUAGCGGCUCUGGCGGCGUCGCCAUGGAUGUGGAGCGGAGCCGCUUCCCCUACUGCGUGGUGUGGACGCCCAUCCCGGUGCUCACGUGGUUCUUCCCCAUCAUUGGCCACAUGGGCAUCUGUACAUCCACAGGAGUCAUUCGGGACUUUGCUGGCCCCUACUUUGUCUCGGAAGACAACAUGGCCUUUGGGAAGCCUGCCAAGUACUGGAAGUUGGAUCCUGCUCGGGUAUACGCUAGCGGGCCCAAUGCGUGGGACACAGCUGUGCAUGAUGCCUCUGAGGAAUACAAGCACCGCAUGCACAACCUCUGCUGUGACAACUGCCAUUCACACGUGGCGUUGGCCCUGAACCUGAUGCGCUACAACAACAGCACCAACUGGAACAUGGUAACACUCUGCUUCUUCUGCCUACUCUAUGGAAAAUAUGUCAGCGUCGGGGCCUUCGUGAAGACCUGGCUACCCUUCGUCAUCCUCCUGGUCAUCAUCUUAACCACCAGCCUGGUGUUUAACCUUCGGUGAUGGCUGCCUCGUGGCCCUGGACCCGCCACUCCUUUCAGUUCCAGAUUCUUUCUCCUCACCCCAAAAAGCAGGGAUGAGCCUGCUGCUGGUUUUGACCCAGGGGUCUGGGCUAGGUGGGAUGGCAUAGGGCUGAGGAUGAGCAGGGGUUGGGGUGUGUAGUUAGUUGCCUGUUGUGUCUCCCUGGUCACUCAGAAGUUCCCUGACCCUUCUUCCCAGGCUGGUGAGCCCCGUGCUUGAAGCACCCUCUCUGUUCAUCUGUUGGAAAGGCUUUAGCUUUUCUCUGUAGAGCUGCUCCUGUGCUGCCUGCUGGGCUUCCACUGCCUCAGUUUGGUGCCUGGUGGGGGAAGGGAGGCCAUUUGUACCCACCAGACAGGGCCAGAGCUGGAUUUGGAGCCUGUUCUCCUGCCAGGCUCUGAUCCUGGGGUGGGCGGGGUACACUAGGAAGUCCCAAUAAACUAAGCUGCUCUGGGGCCCUCACCACUGGCCUCUAGAAUGAUCCAGUUGGGCUGGAUGGGCCCUCCUUUGGCCAGAAGUUGCACUAGGGGUAGUUUAUGCCCCAUCUCCUGGGGCCCUCCAGACCAUGCACCCCCUCUUCCCAUUCUCCCAGGGCCUCCAAGCACUUGGGCCCAUCUCCCCCUGCAAUUCAGGGCCUGGGCUCCCCUAGUCAGGCUGGAGAAAUGAGUGACACUGAUGUGUCCAGAGUGACAUCCUGUUCAUCAGAACAGUAGAAACAAAGCCUGGCCCUGGCCCCAGGUGUGGACCUCAUGCUGGUGAUGGCACCCCUUGGGUCCAAGAUGUGGGGGCCAUAGAGCAGCCAGAGCCAUCAGGGAGCUGAAGGGGAGUGGUUUCCUCCCACCUACCUUGGCUCCCUCUUCUAUUGUGUGAAGGGCCUGUGCUGCCCCCUAACCUCUGCCCCGUGGAUUCCUAUGUGUGGGGCUCCCUGGAUGGGACAAUAAAGAGUUUUAACUCCA